GCUUCUUGGAAUCUAAACACCGAUUAUGGACCUUACAUUGUUAUUUGCCAAAUUCUCACAAUGCUGAAACUAUCAAUAAUCGUAGCUUGUAUCUCCAUACUUUUAUUUUACCUGUACUCCUUUAACAAUCUAGCAAUUCUCAUCCCUAGCUUAAUGAAAUUUGCAAGCGAUGUUCGCCACUCAAUCGUUCGAUUCAGCGAAGAGUUUAUCAAUGAGAAAUAUUUAAAGAAUACAGCGUCAUCCGAGAGGUUGUUCAGCAUCUCUGAUUUGAGUGAUUUCAAUGGAGAAACCAGAAAGGAGCUGUACUUAGCUAUCCUCGGAAAUGUCUUCGAUGUUACGCAAGGCCAAAAAUUUUAUGGACGUGGAGAAUCAUAUCAUCACUUUAUUGGAAAAGAUGCAAGCCGAGCAUUCGUCACUGGCGAGCUCUCAAAAUCUAUGGAUAAUGACGAUGUGGCUGAUUUAUCUCUCCAGGAAAUUAAAUCAAUACAUGAUUGGUUGAACUUCUAUCAUGACAAAUAUCUAUACAAAGGAAAACUGAUUGGCCGAUACUAUGAUGCAACUGGUUCUCCAACUGAUUAUAAUUUCAAGAUUCAAGGUUUAAUUGAAAAAGCCUUAAUAGACCAAGAUGCUGAGUUGGAGGAAAAGAAGAAAUUUCCCCCGUGCAAUGUUGAGUGGAGCGAAUCAACUGGGACCCGUGUAUGGUGCUCAAAAAAAAGUGGUGGUAUCGAGAGAGAUUGGGUUGGAGUCCCACGUAAACUCUACACUGCAGGAGAUACAAAACCUCGCUGCGCAUGCAUCAACUUGCGCAGUAAGGAGAAGGAGAUGGUGCAAAAAGGAACUUUAAGGGACAAGAAUCUUGAAGAAUACAAAAACUGUGAUCCAAAAGCUACCUCAUGCAUUGUCAUUGACUAGUGGUAUGUUUAGCCUUUUGUUUUAGAUACUCCUAAAUUUUGGGGAGCAAUGCACUUGUGAUAUGUAGCCAAUUUUAAUUGCAUUGAUCUCUUGUGGAAAAAUGGAAGUUCAUUGCUUCGUUUAAAAAUUACCAGCCAUAAUGUAUACCAGUUAACUGUAACCUUAACAGGUGUAUCUAAAAAUCUCGGUAUUUUCACGAAUUGCUGGUAAAAAAUCAUCGAAAGGUUUAGAAACGUUUAUCUCCAUAUUGGUGUGAUACUGAUUCAAAUUUCCUGGGUAACUUUCGAAGCAGAGCAUGGACAACGUUCUUUGGAGAUUAAUACAUUACCAGAAAAUAGGGUUUUAACUAUAAUAGGAAAUCAAUGUUGGAAAAUAAGGUUGUAUCUAUAUUAAUAGAUUUACCGUUAUUUUUUAUUUUGUAGCUACUAGGCUUUUAAGGUGAUUCGUCAAGCUCAAGUGACGCGGUCGAACUGGCAUGCUAUAUAUCACAUGGAUUAGGUCGAACAUCUUGGCCGAUUUUUAAUCAUUAGGGACAAAAAGGAUGAUAGCCCCUGCGCAUGAGCCUAAAGAAUCAUUCUAAACCCAAAAAUUGGCAAAAUUUAAAAAAUUGAAAGCAGAACAGUGUUAAGAAAAAAACUUCACAUUCGAUACAGAAAUCAAUAGCUGUAUCGAAUUCAAGGUUUUUUUCCUAACACUAUUCUGCUUUCAAUUCUCUGAAUUUUGCCAAUUUUUGCGUUUAGAAUGCUUUUUUAGGCUCAUGCGCAGGGGCUAUUGUCCUUUUUGUGGCUAAAAAUUCAGAAUCUACCGAGAUUUUUGACCUAAUCAAUGAGAUGUAUCGCAUGCCAGUUCGACCAGGUCACUUGAGCUUGACGAAUCACCUUAAGAACUUUGUUCUUAAAUUCUUUUCUGGCCCAUUUAAAAUAAGCACAAAAUCAUCAUCCACCACAAAUGAUGAUUUACAAGGAAAAAUAACUGCUAGGGAAUCAUAUUGAUUUGUCUCAUACACAUGUAUGCAAUUGUAUGGCUUGUGGUGACAAAUUGAUUUUUGAGACUCAGGGAUGAAAAAUAUCGUUUAUAAUGUCAUUGUUGUCAAGACAUUCAAAAGAUGAUAAAAAAGAAAAAAAAAGAGAAAAAAACUGGUUUAAUCGGGACGGAUCUUUGUCUGGAAUUUUUUUCUUUCCGUUCAAUUUCAGGGAUCUAAUGAGACAUCUGAACAAAAAUAUCAGCUCACUCUUUAUUUUCUUACCUGUUUAUUUCUCUCAACUGUUUGUAUCACUAUUUUUGAGCACUAGGGAGACUGACUUCUUGCUCGCAAUUUGCGUCAUCCACUAACUUAAGGUGUCUCCUAAUCCUCUAACACUCCUUGUAGGUAUUUUCAAUACGAUGAGUUGCCCAAAAGUCCCACCUUUGGACAACUUAUCUCUACGUACGUCAAAACAAACAAUUUGAAAUCGCCAUUCUUAUUAUUGACUGGUAAUGGGCAAAGUAAUGGCAUUAUUUCAUAUAAAGAAACUCUCCCUUUAAAAGGAUAAAGACAGAAAUUCCCUACCGUUAAUAUUUUCGAGGCCUCUGCACUGUUUUACCUUGGAAAUAUUUCCCCAUCCGUCCAUCCCUCUUAUCACUUGUGCUUAAUGCUUUCCUGAAACAUCAGUCCUUUUACCUCAAUAAUUAUUGCAAUGUUGGUAAGCAGAACUUUAAUCUAAAAUCAGAGGUUCAAAAAAAUACGGGACUGCAAAUUGGAUUUUGUGUUGUUUUUUAAAAUAGUAUUUUUAAACAAAGCUGCUCCGUGCACUACCAUGUAACUUUGAAAGCGUCCUCUAUUUACUUUUUUUUGUUAGACAAGUAUUAAGAGUAUAAUUUAAUAUAAAUUACGUGCAAUGUACGAA